AUUUUGGUCCAGGCUUCCAAAGCAGUUCACCUCACUGAGCACACCCGUUCCAGCUCCUUUAAGUUAAGAACAAUGAAUUCCUUACCAAAGUACCGUUGGGUGUUUCUUUUUCUUCUUUCAAUGGAAUAUCUUCUCCAUAUAGCCUCAAUUUAUUCCGCUCCUAUGAUAUUCAGUGAUGACCCGGCCAAGAAGGACGAGGCAGCUGACCUGGAUAUAGAUAUGGACUUUGAUGACAAGCUGUUUGAUCUGCAAAGCCUCUAUGGUCCAAAUAUCGAUCCAGACUACUUUUAUAAGAAGAUGAUGGUGAAAAGAGGAAAUAUGGAUAAGGCCCUACGAUAUUCUUUAUUCAUGAAAGAAUUCAACUGGCAUGGAGUUCCUCUUUUUCGCAAAAACCUGUGGUUAAGGAAUUUUGAGAACAGUUCGGAAGAUCAUGAUAUACUCUUGGGGAAUAUCUAUUUUUCUAGAGAUAAGAAAAUGUUUAAUAAGAUGAGACAGACGGAGUUACAACUUCAGCUGUAUGAGUUUCUGAAAGAAUUUUCUGACUCUUUGAGGAAGAUAAAGAAGAGGAAGGAAAUCAAUUGGGAUGAAGUGAUGCCCAAAAGGCCUCUUCUUGCAGAAAUCAUUGUGUUCGGCUGUCUGUCCAUCCUGUUUGCUUUGACUGGUGGAGCAGUUCUGUGGUUAACAUUAUAUAACCUCUUGAAGCAAGAAGACAAUGGGAAAAACAAUGGGAAAAACAAUGGGAAAAACAACGGGAGAAACAGCCUGGAAUUUAGAAAUUAUGCUGAAAUGAUAAGUUCCUCACAAUCACCAAUUGAUUCCAGGUGGGAAGUAAGGGACUCAUCUGGUAUGGACUCUGAAAAGGAAAAGCACUUCAAAGCUUUACUCCAUUCAGUUUUGAAAAUUGAAAGGAAGAAAAAGAGACGAAAGAGAAGACGAAGAUCAGAUCCCAAACUGGAUAUAACAAGAAAAAGAAUAUUAGCUCAGAAAAAGGAAAGUGGAAUUUUAGAAAUUGACAUGGAAGACACCAAAUUUUUCAAGCUGAAUGGGCAAAUGUAUUACAUCGGGAAAACUAUCGAAGAGAACGUACAAGAUGAUGAGUGGGACAACCAGGUCCACAUAGCAGGCUUCCCUAAUAUGUUUCCAACAGACACAAUCAACCUUUAAACAUCAACCUUACAGCAAAAGAAAAUAAGGUUGGAAGUAGAAGUAGAAAGGAAAUAAAAAUUGUGUGAAAUCAUA